AUGGCUAACAAAGUGAGUGGGAGCGAAGACGAUGGGCCACUGUUUGGUAUUGCUAUACACUGUUUAGGAGAUACUGAACAUAUAAUGAAUAAACUUCAAGAAUAUUCGUGUGUCACAACGAGUCUGAAUGGUUUCGCAAAAGCUUGGUUAGGCCCACUUCUUUACUACAUGAUAACAGAUCCCGAAAAGAUAGAAUACGUACUAAAACAUCAUUUGGAAAAGGACAAUUUGCAUCGAUUUAUUCGAUAUAUCGUUGGCUAUGCAUCCAUUUUCGCACCAGUGUCUAUUUGGAGGCCGCGCAGAAAAAUUUCAGUUCCAGUAUUCAGCCCCAAAAUUAUAUCCAGCUUCGUAGAUGUAUUUUCAGUACAGAGCGAUAAACUUUCUAGAAAACUCAAGGUAUUGGCUGGUACAGGCAACUUUAAAAUAUGGUCUUACAUCAACGCGUAUAGUCUCGAUGCUGUCUUAGAGACGGCGAUGGGUGUGCAAAUAAACGCCCAAGAUAACCAUGAAAACUCAAUUCUCACAGCGACAAAUCACGCUUUAUAUUACGCGUGCGAGAGAAUCUUCCAACUGUGGCUGCAGCCUGACUGGUUAUACAAAUUCUUUCCUCAACAUGCGAAAUUAAAGAGCGCUACUAAAGUAAUUCACGAAUUUACAGAUGGGAUUAUUCAAAAGAAAAGAGAGCAGAUUGAAGAAGAAAAAAAACAGGGAGAAGUUAAAGGAGGUGAUGCCAAACGAAACAAGGAUCUCACUUUCCUAGACCAGUUAGUGACACAAUCUGGUGGAGCCAAUGGUUACAGUGACGUGGAGUUGCGUGAAGAAGUUUUGACCUUUAUCGUAGCCGCGAUGGACACCUCCGCUGUGACCAUGGGUUUCACUCUUAAACUACUAUCGAAAUAUCCUGAAGUGCAGCAGAAAGUUUUUGAUGAACUCGAUGCUUUAUUUGGAGAUUCAGACCGAUUAUUGGUGAAGGAAGAUUUACCUAAACUGCCAUAUUUAGAAAGAGUUAUAAAGGAGACAUUAAGAUUAUUCCCGUCCGUUCCUUUUAUUAUUCGAGAAGCUUCUGAACAUUUUAUCACAAAUGACGGUAUUCCGGUUCCUAAAGGGUCAGGCUUGAUAACUAGUAUAUGGGGCGUGCAUAGAAACCCCAAAUAUUGGGGAUCAGAUGCACAUUGCUUCGAUCCUGAUCGAUUCCUGCCAGAAAGGUGUAAGAACCUCCACCCUUGCGCGUUCAUUCCAUUCAGCCAUGGCCCUCGGAAUUGUUUAGGUUAUCAAUACGCAAUGAUGUCUAUGAAGACCGCGCUGUCCUCUAUACUUCGUCGCUACCGUGUCGUUGGGGUGCCAGAAAAGGGACCAGUACCUCACAUUAGAGUUAAGCUGGAGAUCAUGAUGAAAGCUGUAGAUGGCUUCGAAGUGGCCUUGGAAGAGCGAUAG